AUGAAUUCAGAUACCGGGUCUUUGAAGCGAAAAGCCGUGGACGAUGCCGCUCCUCAAAGCAUUCAGGCCCCUAGAAGAAUCAAGGCACUUGACCAAGUAGUCAUCAACAAAAUUGCAGCUGGUGAAAUCAUUGUUGCGCCUGUUCAUGCGCUCAAGGAGUUAAUUGAGAAUGCCGUGGAUGCCGGUAGCACAUCACUGGAAAUUGUAGUGAAGGAUGGUGGUCUCAAGCUCUUACAGAUCACUGAUAACGGUCAUGGGAUCAACCUCGAGGAUAUGCCUAUUCUGUGCGAACGUUUCACUACGAGUAAACUGAAAUCAUUCGAGGAUCUUAAUGCAAUUGGGACCUACGGAUUCAGAGGGGAAGCCCUAGCAAGUAUUAGUCAUAUAGCCCAUUUGACUAUCACAACUAAAACGAGUGAUUCGAGUUGUGCCUAUAGAGCUGUAUAUUCAGAUGGUAAACUCGUUCCUCCAAAACCUGGUCAGAGUGCAGACCCAAAACCGGUAGCAGGGAGACAGGGGACACAAAUUACUGUUGAGGAUUUAUUCUAUAAUACCCCCUCCAGGCGCCGUGCAUUCCGAAGUCCGGGCGAAGAGUACUCAAAGAUUCUAGACGUUGUUGGGCGGUAUGCAGUGCAUUGUUCGGGGGUGGCGUUCUCAUGCAAGAAGUUUGGAGAUGCAGAUAGUGGUAUCUGCACGACCGCGACUGCCUCUGUAAUUGAUCGAAUCCGUCGCAUUCAUGGUUCCAGCGUCGCCAAUGAACUCCUUGAGUUCACCACUUCUUCAAAACACCUUGGUUUUGAGGCAACGGGUAUGAUAUCCAAUGCCAACUACCAUGUCAAGAAGACCACAUUACUCCUGUUCAUCAACCACCGUUCGGUCGAAUCCUCCGCGAUCAAAAAGGGACUCGAAAAUGUCUAUGCAACAUAUCUCCCCAAGGGCGGACACCCAUUCAUAUAUCUAUCACUCGAAAUAGAACCUCAUCGUGUUGACGUCAACAUCCAUCCUACAAAACGCGAAGUUAACUUCCUCUACGAAGAUGAGAUUGUCGCAAAAAUUGUGGAAACAGUUGAGGAAAAGCUGGCUGCAGUAGAUACGUCUCGUUCAUACACUCUUACGCAGACACUCCUCCCAGGCACAAAACCUAUCCAAAGUAGUAGUAGCGAUGACACCGCAAGGGAAAUAAAAGCGAACGAUACCAAAGCAAGACGCAAGAAGGAAUACGAGUACAAUAUGGUCCGUACUGACAACCGCGAUCGCAAGAUCACCACUAUGUUCGAAAAUCCCCCCACAAACAAAUCUGCAGGCGACUCAGUAGAAUACGAGACCAACCAUGAUUCGACGUGGACAUUGAUAAAUUAUACAACUAUUCACUCUUUACGUGCCUCCGUACGUGAUAGCGCACAUACAGAACUCUCUGUGCAACACGGGCUUCGCCUAUACCUUGUCGACUAUGCCGCUGUAUCGUACGAGCUGUUUUACCAGAUUGGCCUGAGCGACUUUGCAAACUUUGGGCGGAUAGUUCUAGAUCCACCGAUGGGCGUACGAGAUAUUCUUGAGAUUGCGGUAGAGGAAGAGAAAGCGAAGGGGGAAGAGGGUGAUUUCGACUGGGAAUCUGCGAUAAAUACAAUCGAGCAACUGCUCCUUUCGAAACGUCCUAUGCUCAAAGAUUACCUCAGUCUCGAAAUCUCCGAGGAUGGUAGCCUUGUUAGUAUCCCACUCUUACUGAAAGGGUAUAUGCCCAGUCUUGGAAAGCUUCCCUCCUUUAUUCUACGCCUAGGGCCAAACAUCGACUGGACAUCAGAGCUGGAAUGCUUUGAUACUCUUCUGCGUGAACUGGCAUUGUUCUACGUUCCCGAGAAACUACCGAGCGUGAGUGCUGAUGCUGACGAUGGAAAUGACGUUGUGGCGGCGGCGGGUAAUUGGGAUGUCGAGGCGCGCAGAAAAGAGCUGGGGCGCAUGGUGGAAACAGCCAUAUUCCCGGUUGUCAGGAAACGAUUGAUAGCGCCAAAAACACUUCUGGGGGCCGUUACCGAGGUCGCCAAUCUGAAGGGGCUGUACCGCAUUUUUGAAAGAUCCUGCUAG